AUGGCGGCCCAAUCGAGCGAAAACGAAUUAGAAUUUCCAUUCAAUACCAGUCGAGAAUUCGAACUGAGACUUGGAAGUAGUUUUCAUUCUAAAGGAGGACCGAAAACGGCCUUUCAUACAAUCAGAUAUGACUUCAAACCAGCCUCAGUAGACACCUCGAGACCGGCAGAGCUUGUUGUAGGUGACAAAAAUGAGGUCAAAGUCACUGUUCCUAAUGUACAGGAUUCUGGUAACACUGUUUAUCGUGGCUCAAAAAGAAGUUGUACGAAGGAAUUUAUUUUGGUGGUAGAUAAAGAAAAAAAGACAUUUACACUGGAGAGAAUUGAGUCUACUGUUCCUCAGCUCAAGAAAGUUAGGUCAUCAAAUCAGUCAAAUAAACCUGUGAAGCUUCCUGUUACUCCGUCAACUGCAACUCUCACAAAAACACAGAAAAACAAGACCAAGAAUAAAAAGAAACCAGUGGAACAAAAAACAACUAAACAGUCUGUGUCUCCUGCCAAGAAUACCAGCAUACCUGCCCCCUCUAGCUCACAGGAGGUGAAUACCAUACCAGAAGAAGUACCAGUACCAGCUGAAACAGAAUCUGGUUCUUCGUCUUCCAGUGAUAGUUCAGAUGUGGAAAAAGAUGGAAAUGAGGAUGAUGAUGAGUUUGAUGACAAAGAUGUUGAAAAACUGAACAGUCUUGUCACCAGUAUGGAUGAAAAAGAGUUUGCAACAAAGAAGGAAGGUUUUAACACACUCUGCGAAGAUCUUCAGCUGAGUGAGUCUGGGAGCGAUAGUGAUUGACAAGGCGAUUCAGCGGUGUCUAUCUAAUAGGACUCAAAGGAUAUUUAAUAUAAUUUUGACAAGAACGUGUCCGCCUUGUGGACGUCAAUCAGUGGCG